AUGAAUCUCGCAGGUGGUUUUCCAUUUGGUUUUAACCCAGAAGAAGAGUCUAAGAGAGCAGUUCUGAAUAAAAAAUUCCCAACUGCUCAAUGCCCUCAUUGUAGAACUCCUCAGCAAGGCACUCAAGUGUUAAUAGGAGAUUAUAAAGCUCAGAAUCUUGACUGUAUGAGCUGUAAAAAAGGCUUUUGUUCUUUUUGUAAUAAGGGAAAGCACUAUCUUGGAGAAUGUCGCGAGGCAGUAGAAGCAAAAAGAAACUCUAUGACCCAAAGAAGAUAG